AUUUAGCUCUCCUAAUGGCAGGGGAAAACAUGAUCAACUGCUCAGAGAAGAAAAUUUUCAGUGUGCCUGAAUUUAAGGGAACAGUUAUAUGUUAGAGCACGCAUCAUUCUGCAAGGAGGCGAAGAAGUUUUUGUUGCCGAAAUCAUCUCUGACAUUACAUGGAGUCAAACUUUGUGCCAAUCCCUAAAAUCAUAAAUGGGAGUAUUGCUGGAAUAGUUGGAGUGACCUGUGUGUUUCCCAUUGAUCUUGUGAAAACCAGACUACAGAAUCAACAGCCUGGACCCAAUGGACAGCUGGUGUACAGAAGCUUGUGGGAUUGUGGGGUGAAAACUUUCAGAAAUGAAGGGUUCUUUGGAAUGUACAGAGGGUCUGGGGUGAACCUACUUCUCAUUACUCCGGAAAAGGCAAUCAAACUCGUUGGCAAUGACUUCUUCAGGCAUUACCUGCGCACUGACAAGAACACCCUGCCUUUCCACCGAGAGUUACUGGCAGGAGCAGGGGCGGGGCUGUGUCAGAUCACUGUCACCACCCCUAUGGAGCUACUCAAGAUACAGCUUCAGGAUGCCGGGCGGACAGCUAAAAUGGCAGUGUCUGGAGGGCCAGUGUCAGCCAAUGGUAAUGUAUCUGCUCCUCGCAUAUCAGCCACAAAGAUUGCCAUGACCCUAGUGCGAGAAAAAGGCAUUUUUGGACUGUAUAAAGGCUGUGGGGCGACCAUGCUGAGAGACGUGACAUUCUCGGCUAUCUACUUCCCAUUGUUUGCCCAUCUUAAUGCUAUGGGUGCCAAAAGACCAGGCAGUGAACAAACUGUGUUUUAUCAUUCAUUUAUAUCUGGCUGUGCAGCUGGCUGCGUUGCCUCAUUUAGUGUCAAUCCAUUUGAUGUUGUGAAGACCAGGUUACAAACCCUGCAGAAAGGUGAAGGAGAGAUGACCUAUUCUGGGGUCGUGGAUUGUUUUAGGAAAGUAGUGAAGCAUGAGGGAGUUAUGGCUUUCUUCAAAGGAGCUGGCUGCAGAAUCCUGGUUAUAGCUCCCCUGUUUGGCAUAGCACAAACUGUGUAUUACCUAGGGGUAGCCGAAUUCCUGUUAGGAUUGGAAAGGCCAUGAGCCUCAUAUCGGCCAAGUGACAUCAGGCAUAACCUGGGGACCAGUAUAAUUCGAGCAGAUAUGUCAAGUUCGCAGGCAUGUUCUUGUCUUGCCAAAGCUGUAUGUGUAGCUUGAUGUGGGCCUGAUGUAGCUGUUGUACAUCAUCUGCGUGGUCCAGCAGUGGCAGAAAGCUUUCUCAGAUAGUGAAUGUGCUGUUGUACUCUGCAUAGGCAUGACACCACUCAACAUUAGUCUUUAAGGAGCUCCCUUUUCUCUAUCCUCCUUUCUUUUCCGGAAGUAAAAUCAUAUAAAUUAUGCUGUUUAAUACUCAAAAUGUGUAGUGCAUUUUAUAUGCACUGUAAGUUGACAUGUAAGCAGUUUAUGAUCUCCAGUAGAAUUACUCACAUUGCUAGCUGGCAAAAGCUAGGAGUUCAAUUUGGUUACAAUUAUAAACUGUAUAUGCAGCUAACCUAUUAUGUCACCAUUGCUAAGGAAAACACUCAGUAUGACAAAACUUACAGACUCAUUUAUUAUAUAUAUACAUAUAUCUAGAGAGGGCGAGUGAGAGGGUGGGGAGGGAAAUAGAUAUGGAUCAUGCAAAUCACAGAUCAAAUACUGCAGCCUGUGUGCUAGGUGCUAUGUGCCAAUGUUGUUAUGUACAUUUAUAUUGUUACACGUUAUCACCGUUCGAAGAUCAUUUAAUAGACUAUGAUUUUUGCAUAGCUCACAUUCAUGUUUUCUGAUACAUGCAGUUUGUUAUUCAGUUAUCAGACUUGGUUGACAUUAACUUGGUGCUGACUGCAAGAAUAAAUUUUCUGAAACGAGACUGACUUUUGUUGAUUUUGCAUCAUCAAACCUUUAUUAAACACUUCGUUUAACUUUAAGUUUCUUUUACUCGCCACAAAAGUAAGGGGAAUAAGUGAACUUAGAAUUGUUAUACCAGGAUAAUUUCACGUCAAGAAAGAGUCAACAAAUUAGCCUUGAGGCUUGGAAAACAGACAGAUAUAUAUCUCUCUGAAGAAAUGGAAAUUCGUUUUCAGGAGACUAUUUUUAACAAUUAUGUCUUUUUUUUUUUUUUUUGCUUGUUGGUAGUUUGGAAAUGGACUGUUCAGAAUGCUUGGACAGCUUAUAGCAUUCAAGAGGACAUGUGCCAAGGCAUGCCAUAUAAACCUGUUUGUUUUUAUGCUUUUACCUUCAAGGAAAGUUGUACAUUGUACUUUCCAAGUAUUGUUUUGAGAUGUUGUGUUAAGGUACCUGUGUACACAUAUUACCUCAGAGAGAUUCUGAGUAUUGCUAAGGACACCCCACCGUCCCAAAAUGUUUGAUGUCAUCAGUUUAUGUUUGUUUAUAUCAGACAGACUAUCCAUGAUAGAAAGGGACCAUUUGUUUACAUGGUAGCUCUGAAAUGGUCUAGAUGUGCCACGUUAUAGUUUGUCCUUAUUGUCCGGCCUAUUAUACAUAUCUAAACAUAAGGCUGUAAAGGCCAGUAGUUUUAUGUACAAUGUGAUUCUUAUGGGCUAUAUGAUGUCAUUUGUCACAUCCUAAACCAGAACACAAUGUGAGUAUAAAUACAAAAAAGUCAUUGAGAAGUUCCUGUCCUAUUUAGGUAGGUACAAGCAUGUAAAGAAUCUCUGAUUGUGUCUUACGUCAGCCAUUGUUUUGCUUCAUAUGAUUAUGUUGUAUGACGUGCUUGUAUUAUUAUGCUACAUACGUUAUUUUUUGUGAUCAGUAUUAUUAGAGGGACAACUGUUCAGUGUUAGCAUCCUCCAGUUCCUUUAUUUCAAAGAUUAUCAGCAGUACACUAUUACAGCGCCACACAGUUCAGCCCAACUCAACCCCACUUGGGGGUUCAGCGUUUUUUCCCUGAUAAGUCCCAACUUGCUGAACUCUUGCGCAGUACUGUGUAUAACUUCAGUGAAUUUGUUGUUGAAAGUCUUCAUCAUAAAGGCACAAGUUCAUGCUUCUUACCUUUGUUGAAUGUUAACUUUGUAUUAAAACACAUAAUUGCAGAAGAUUGCAUGUGGAUAUUAAUGUACUAUGUUUGUCAGCAGAUCCCAAAAUUGUCCAACAAAGUUCUUCUCUGAAUAGUGGGAUAAUUUAUACUGUUAUAAACAUGAGGUGUAUUAAAACGCCAUGUGGUUAAUUGAGCUUUUGGGUGUGGCUUUAGAGUCCUUGCUAUCAACAUGUAUAAAGGAACCCACCGUAGGCAAAUUGUGACUGAUGGAUUGUUCAUGUUAAAAUAGGAUACCUGGGUGAUGGGUGCUCUUAUUUUUUUCUGACUGGUUUUUGUGAUGUGCUUUAUUUUAAUUUUUUUUUAUAUUUCAACUAUGGUGCCAUUUACUAAUGUAUCUAUGUUACGGCAUGAAUGCUCACCCUUAUAGAUACAGAUUUCAUUCUGGACUGUCGUUAUUUUGAUUUUACCACCAGGCUCUUUAGUCCUCAAGUUGUCAAGCACAUUAGAAAACUUAAGUCUUAGCAUUUUUUUCAAAAGGCGAGAUUCCCUAGGUCAAAAGUGUUUAUAUGGAAUCUUCAAAGCAUUUAAAUGGAAUCUUCAAAGUGUUUAUAAGGCAGCUGCUUUGAAGUCAGAUAGUAACAAGUCAUUGUUUAGCAAAUAAGCUUCAUAGACUGUUGUCAUCUAGUUACUAGUCAGAACAACUUUUGCAUGCUUUGUUAUACUGAAUUUAAAUUUAAUUAUACUGUUUUUUCAUAUUUACUUGAGUAAUGCUCUCUGUUCAAAAAACACUACGAACACCAAAAUAAAGUUGAUAUUUGUUGACAUUAU